GGCACGCAGCAUCUCUCCACAGCCCCCGGACGACAGAACACCAAACCCCCUCUACAGACAGAUCCAUGGGCUCCCUGAGAAGCAGCGGCAGCAGCACCGCCGGAGAGAAGGCUCUGGUGGAGAGCGUGGACGCGGAUGCGGCGUGCGCGCUGCUGAGCACGGGGCAGUACGGGUACGUGGAUGUGCGGAUGUGGGAGGACUUCGACAAGGGGCACGUCGCCGGCGCGCGCAACGUGCCCUACUACCUCUCCGUCACGCCCCACAGCCGGCCGGAGAAGAACGACCGCUUCGUCGACCAGGUCGCCGCGCUCCACGGGAAGGACGACCGCCUCAUCGUCGGCUGCCGGUCCGGAGUGCGCUCCAGGCUCGCCGCCGCAGACCUCGUCGACGCUGGGUUUACGAACGUGAAGAACCUAGAAGGUGGCUACCUCUCCUUGCUGAAAAGCGCCAAUCCCCACCCAACAGCUUAUCACCAGUAACCCGGCCGGCCAGCCCCGCCAACUAAUUGUCAAGAAGAAGUACGCUACGUUAAGGAUCUAUCUUAUGUACCAUCCAUCGUGGUUCUCAACAAGAACGAGAAAUCUACUUUGAAACCGAGAACGGGAAAUUUCGAAUAAAAAAAAAGGAUCAUGCUUGUAUGCA